GGUCCCAGUAGCAAGAUGUGUUCUUUAAACCGGACCUUGUCUCUGUCUGUGUUCCCCAGGGAACCUGCUGCCAGCCUGGAUGCCACGGUGGACUAUGUUAAGUUCUCCAGAGAUCAGUUCAUUCUGGACUGCCCUUCAGAGAAACUUCGCAGAGAGCUGGAGGAGGAACUGAAGAUGAACUGUGAGGAGCCGAGAAGCCACGCAUGGUACCAUGGAGCAAUUCCCAGACAGGUUGCAGAAAACUUGGUGCAGCGUGAUGGAGAUUUCUUGAUCCGCGAUUCACUGUCCAUCCCAGGAAGUUAUGUUCUGACCUGCCAAUGGCGAAAUGCUGCCCAGCACUUUAAAAUCAACAAGAAGGUAGUGAUGUUGAAUGAAGCCUACUCCAGAGUCGAGUACCGGCUAGAAAGAGAGGGGUUUGACAGUGUCCCUGCACUUAUUAGAUACUACGUCGGCAAUAGAAAACCUGUCUCACAGGUGGUAGGAGCCAUUAUCUUCCAGCCAAUCAACAGAGGCCUUCCGCUACGCUGCUUGGAAGAAAAGUACGGAUUAUCCAGCACUCAUCGAGAGGCGCUUAUGGCACAAGAGAGACGCCAGAAACGUCUCAGCCUCAACAUUACCAAUGGACACGCACACGACAACACACACUCUACACAGGACAGCACAAACUGUCAGGACAACGGCAUGGGCCGAGGCACCCAGCUCAGGUUGAAGGAUCGCUGUGGCAGCCAACCAGCAAGUCUCAAUCAGGUCCAGGAGAGGCGACGGCCACUCAAGGCACACCAAUCAGAGAGCUUCUUACCUCUUGGAUCCAAAGCCCAGCCCCAGCAGCUUGCUGACCCACUCCUCCCCAGCCCUAACCCUAAGUCUCCAGUGUUUCGGACAGGCAGUGAGCCGGUACUGAGCCCCUCUGUCCCACGGAGAUCAGCAGAGCUUCUGGCAGGUCAGGCCAUCCGGGGCUCUGACAGCCAGCUGUGUCCUAAACCGCCACCCAAACCCAGCAAAGUGCCGCUGGCUCGACUGCCUCGCUCCCCCUGCCUUCAGCCCCUGGUUCCCCCCAACAGCUCCUCCAACCACACAGACUCCUCCUCAGGUGGAGUCACAGCAGGCCCUCCUGUUCCUCCAGUGAAGCCUCUGAAGUUUCAGCAUCAGCUCCUCCCUGCAGACUCCCGCAGCUCCUCCACUUCUGUAGUUUCACCUCCUGAACUGCUUCAGUAUCCAGAUUCAGAGGGAAUAACAGGACGGACUGAACGGCUGCAGCCGAGCCCUGUAGACCUGAGGUCCUGCAGCCCGCUGGAGUGGGAGGAACCAAACUCACUAAACUCCAUCACAGACAACGCUCUCGAGCUUCAGCCACCGCUCUGCAGCUACGUGGAGAGGCUGAGGAGAGACGGGGAGAGAGGGAGAGAGGAGGAGGGGGAGGAGAAAGAAGCAGGAGGACGGAGAGGGCUGGACAGAAGCUCCUACCAUCACGCAAUUGCAGCUUUAGAGAACACCAGCGAAGAAGAGGAGGAUGAUGCAGGGAGGGAUGAAGAGGAGGAUAAGAGGAGGAGCAGUUUCCAGCGGCCGGUCAUGGAGACAGAGUCGACAUUCAGACCGGCAGACUUCGGAUCUCGACUUCUGCCGCCAGAAAACAAACCACUGGAGAUGGUGGUGCUGAAGAGAGCGAAGGAGCUGCUGCUCAGCCACAAUCACCAUAGUAUAGCCAGACACCUGCUGAUAGCUGACUGCCAGGUUGCGAGGAUACUCGGAGUGACUCCGGAUCUUAAAAGUCAGAUGGGCGUGUCCUCUGGUCUGGAGCUGGUGACGCUGCCACACGGUCGCCAGCUGAGACUGGACCUGAUGGAAAGACACCACACCAUGGCGAUAGGUGUUGCCGUGGAUAUUCUGGGAUGUACGGGCAGCGUGGAGGAGCGGGCGUCCACGUUAAAUCGCAUCAUCCUGGUUGCAUUGGAGCUAAAGGACACAGUGGGCGACCUGUUUGCUUUCACAGCCCUGAUGAAAGCUCUGGACCUGCCGCAGAUCAGCCGUUUGGAGGAAACAUGGACGACUCUGCGGAGGAACUACACACAGACCGCCAUCAGCUACGAGAAAAUACUCAAACCUUUCUACAAGAAUCUGUAUGAAGGCACAGCAGCCUCCUCUCCAUCAGUGGUCUGUGUCCCCUUCCUGCUGCCACUCCUCACUUUGAUGGAGCGUCCCUCAGUCACACCUGAGGGGGCGGAGCUCUGGGAGACCAGUGACCAGGGCUGUGACAUCAUGCUGCGCCACCUGGAGGCUGCACGUGACGUCGCACACAACGCACACAACUACACCGACAAUGCUCAGAGGAUCUUACAAGGGUUUCAGACUGAUGAAGACCUGCUGGAGGUGUUUAAAACAGACUUUCAGCUGCGGCUGCUGUGGGGAAGCCGAGGAGCUUCAGUCAACCAAUCAGAUCGCUACAACAAAUUUAACCUCAUCCUCACUGCGUUGUCACGGAAACUGGAGCCUCCACCCAAAACACAGACCUUAAUCUAACUUCAUCUGAGCAACAACAACACACACAGACUCACUCUAAACCUAAUAAAACUGAGAAAAACAACGUCUGGUGGAUCAGAAACUGUCUGCGAUGAAGGGAAGAUGAGAAAAAAAACAAAAAAACAAACAAAGCAGGGAGUGAUUGGAGGCAGCAUGAGGAUACAGCUCCUGCAGCUGUAGUUGCCCAGAACCCACUGAACUCAACACUACUCAGCUGUUUUCCACACAGACUCAAAAACUGAUGCCACGAGAGCAACAACCAGACGAGAGCCAGCUCGGAGUUAUCAUAUUUCUCCAGACUUUUUUAUUCAUUUAACCUGUUUCACCAUCCUCUGGCCUUGGCGGCGCUACUUUCAGUGUGUUUUAGUCUGUAUCUGACUCAGUCUUCACACAAUCCAGACAAAUUACACACUGUUUGAAAGCUCUAAGUCUCCUGAUUCUGUCUGUACAAAACAUUUCAGGAUCAUAGAACUGCAACAGUGGUUGACGCAGAAUUGUGGCAAUGUCUCCAAAGAGUUUUCCAGUUUGCCUCUGUAACUUUGGUUCAGUAACUCUCAUACUCAUUCUGACUUUUUAAGUGAAGUUAAAUAACACACAGGCUAUAACUGUAUUUUAAUGUUAGUAGCCUUGAAACAUUUUCUGAGAUGUUUUUUCAUCAAAUCAGCAGAUGACAAAGAGGAUCUACAACAAGUAUUUUUUGCUACAUUCACAGGAGCAGAAAAUCAGAUACUUGCAAAAAACACUUUCUGAACAUGUGCAAAUGUAGCCCCAAGUGUCUUUUUUUCUCUCAUAGUCUGGGUUUGUACAGAAACACAAAAGCAUCUGACAAAUAAAAAAUAUGACUUUGUGCAUAAAACCACAAGAACUGAUCUUCUGUUAUCAUGUGAGAGACUAAAGCUGUACAUAUUUGAAGCAUUAGCAUGUUAAUAAUAGACUGUACAUAUUUUCUGUAGAAGUCUGACUGUAAAAAAGAUGUUGAUGAAUUUUAAUGUUUAUAUUAUUAUGAACUAUGGUGGUUAAGAUUUAAUAAAUAUCGUGUAUGAUCUGUA